GGUUCCUACACACAUAUUUCAUCUAGGAACCUUCAGCAUGUUGUACUGUGUUGCAAGGGGGACAUGUAAUAAAGAAUGACACAGCUGUCUGUCGGCUGCUUAACUGAGCCUCCACAUAUGUUUACAAUGUACAUAUAGAUGUAACAGAACACCCUCCUCAGCUCUGGCAACCUGGCUGGUUGGGCGGUGAUGGCAGAGGCCCACCAGGCCGUGGCGUUCCAGUUCACCAUAACACCAGAGGGUAUUGACCUGCAGCUGUCCUACCAGGCCCUGAACCAGAUCUACCUGUCCGGAGUCCGAUCAUGGAAGAAACGAGUCAGCCGCAUAAGGAACAGGGUGAUUAAGGGAGUAUACCCAGCCAGCCCUUCCUCUUGGCUCUUUGUCGUCAUAGCGAUCCUGGCCACCAUGUACAUGCGCUCAGAUCCCAGCAUGGGGCUCAUCGCCAAGAUACAGCAACACCUGCCACUAAGUCUCCAUGUCUCCCUCAGUGCCCAGGGUCAGACUAUGGUGUCAGCGCUGGUCUUCAGCACUCUGCUGUGGCUCUCCCUCAUCCUCGCGCUCAGGUUCUGCCUCAAGCUGCUGCUGUCCUAUCACCAGUGGAUGUUCGAACAACACGGCCGUGUUUCCAACACCACUAAAGUCUGGGUGACUCUGCUAAGGUUAUUAUCAAGCAGGAAGCCUCUGCUCUACAGCUAUCAGACCUCUCUCCCUCACCUGCCUGUUCCUGCCAUCAAAGACACACUGAGCAGGUACCUGGAGUCUGUUCGCCCUCUGUUGACUGAUCCCGAGUUUAAACGAAUGACUGAACUGGGCAAUCAGUUUGAGUCCAGCCUGGGAAACCGUCUCCAGCGCUACUUGAAACUGAAAGCUCUGUGGGCCACGAACUAUGUGAGCGACUGGUGGGAGGAAUACAUCUACUUGAGAAGCCGAAGUCCUAUCAUGGUCAACAGUAACUACUAUGGCAUGGACUUUCUGUAUGUGACCCCGACCCCGGUGCAGGCUGCCAGAGCAGGCAACACUAUAACUGCCCUGCUGCUCUACCGCCGCAAGGUAAACCGGGAGGAACUCAAACCGAGUCGUGUUCCAGGUACUGUCAUCCCUCUGUGUGCUGCUCAGUGUGAGAGGAUGUUCAACACAACACGCACUCCAGGAGCUGAGACUGACGUGCUACAGCACUGGCAGGACAGUGAGUUUGUGGCGGUGUACCACAAGGGGCGCUUUUUCCGCCUGUGGGUGUACCGGGCAGGCCGACUGCUGUCUCCCAGGGAGAUCGAGUACCAGGUCCAGAGGAUUUUGGAUGACUCCUCACCCCCGCAACCCGGAGAGGAAAAACUGGGGGCUCUCACUGCUGGAGACAGGAUUCCUUGGUCUCGAAUGAGGAAGCAGUACUUCAGCUCCGGCGUCAACAAGCGAUCGCUGGAUGCUAUCGAGAGGGCAGCCUUCUUUGUGACCUUGGAUGAUGAAGAGCAAGGCAUGAGGGGAGAGGACCCAGCAGGAAACCUGGACCGGUACGCCAAGUCCCUGCUCCAUGGGAAAUGUUAUGACAGGUGGUUUGAUAAAUCAUUCUCCAUUGUGAUCUACAAGAAUGGGAAGAAUGGGCUGAAUGCAGAGCACUCCUGGGCUGACGCACCGACCGUGGCUCACCUUUGGGAGUACACCCUGGCCACAGAUGCCUUCCAGCUCGGCUACACUGAGGACGGGCACUGUAAAGGCGAGGUGGACCGCUCACUGCCCUACCCUCAGAGGCUUCCCUGGGACAUCCCCUCAGAGGUUCAGGCUGAGGCGCAGAGUUCCCUGACUGUUGCGCAGGCCCUGGCUGAUGAUGUGGACUGCCACGUGUUCCCCUUCAGCGUGUUUGGUAAAGGACGCAUCAAGAAGCUUCGCAUCAGCCCAGACGCAUUCAUACAGAUCGGCUUACAGCUGGCAUACUACAGGGAUCGUGGUGGUUUCUGUCUGACUUACGAGGCGUCGAUGACCCGUCUGUUCAGAGAGGGCCGGACGGAGACUGUGCGAUCAUGCUCCAACGAAAGCUCUGCCUUUGUCAAAGCUCUAGAGGGUGGGGAGGCGGCGGAGCAGUGCAGGCGUCUCUUCCGACUGGCUUCUGAGAGGCACCAGAAUCUUUAUCGGAUGGCUAUGACGGGAGCUGGAAUCGACAGACACCUCUUCUGCCUGUAUGUGGUGUCCAAGUACCUGGGGGUGGAGUCACCGUUCCUUAAAGAGGUUUUGUCAGAGCCCUGGCGUCUCUCCACCAGUCAGACGCCGGUUCAGCAGAUGGAGCUGUUUGACCUGAAGAACCAUCCCGACUUUGUGUCGCUGGGCGGAGGGUUCGGACCUGUCGCUGAUGAUGGCUACGGGGUGUCAUACAUCAUCGUGGGUGAGGAUAUGAUCAACUUCCAUGUGUCAUCCAAAUACUCCUGCGGCGAGACUGACUCGCACAGAUUCGGCUCUCAGAUAAGCAAAGCUCUCCAAGACAUCAUGACUCUCCUCACUCCUGACACCAAAACCUCCUCGUCCUCCAAGUCCACGGCCCAACCUCAGUCCAAGAAACUCCUCUGAACGCAGCUGAAAACAUGGGACUAUGUGGGUAUAUAUUCCCCUGAAGUCUACUCUGAGUGUAGAAACCAUGAAGAACCCGUUAAUUAAAACCUUACUGUUCUCACAAACUGUUAUGUCACUGACUUAGGACAUUAAAGCAUUAAAUUAAACUGACUAAAGUUCAUUUAAAAUCAGCUCAAUUCAAGAAGAUAGAAAGAGAAAAACAAGACGCACAGAGGAAGCAACCAUUGUCCAAAAGCCUUUUUGUGUAGAUUGAACAAAUAUAUUUGACAGCCGUUCAGCACUAACACAUUGACUUUUAUUUAUUUUUUCGUGAGCCGUGUCUGUUAGAGAGUCUGCUUGACAACAAAAUGACGAUACAAAAUGCUUCCAAUCCUCACUUGAAAAUGAAAACUGAGAUUGGCGAUUUCUAAGAGAAAGGGAGCGAAGGUCACCACUUAAAAAAGGAAGUCUUUUGGAGAAAAUGUACAAGAGACAAAUCCCUCUCAGAACGGGUGGGCAGAGUCAAGAGCUCUUAAAUCUCACUUAAAGUGAAAGGGAAAUGUUUUUUGUUUUUUUAGUUUCUAAGCAAACCAAAGUUUCCUCAGUGUGAAUUGAUGCUCUGCAGCUCAUCACACUGACACGGUUCAUAACAGUUUCAUGUUGGAGAUCAUGGAGUGCAUGUUGUACUUCAUUACUUAAAAAAUCAGAAAAAGCUCAAGGAAGAAAGGAUGCGUAAGAAGAAGACGGAGGCAGAGAUUCAUCUGAAUGAAGGGAAAGAUUUACUGACAGACCUCUGCCCCCUAUCUUUACUGUUACUUACUUUAAUGUAUCAUAUGAGACUAGCCAAUUAAAGUCCUAAUGUCAUCUCUGGAAACAGCUGUUGCAAAGGUUCCCUUUUACUUUCACCUAUCAACUGAUCUCUGGACACGCCCGUAUUACCAGUUAACAACCUGAUGCUUCUUUAGUUAAACCUUCGGUGACAGAGAGUUUCUGCUGCUGUUACAAGUACAAGUCACUGUGGUAACAGUAAAAAAUACACCCUAAAGGCAACUGUGACUUUUACACAACACAACACUUACUGAUAUAUGUGUGCACCUUCAAUGUGAUUGCCAGAUUCUGUGGUGACAGUUAAAGGUGCCCCCUGGGGUUUUCCUCCAAACCAACAUACUGUGUCUUUCCUCGAGGUUUGACCUGCAUGUUAAAUCAUAACACAUUUGCAAAAACCAGUGUUUCAAAAAAUUGUAAAUCCAGCCUUGUUUUUAUUCAUGUUUCUUCACUGCCUAGCUGCAGGAAUGUCUAUCUCGUCACUUGCAAGCCGGCGCACGCACGUCUGCAUCUGCAUGAUACAAAGAUGAGAAGGACCCACUUGUAAAAAGUUGCUCCGUGGUGCUACUAGUUGUCAAAAAGGUUCCUUAAAGGCAAACGUUAACCUCCUCAGACAACUUUAAUACCUGUGAUUUCAGAGUCCUGAGGUCACAGAGUAUUUAUUUCAUGUUGUGCAGGAGAGUUUGGAGUAUUCACAUGAUUUACUCAAGUUAAAGUACCACAGUAUAAAAAUACUCCAAAGGAAGACCUGCAGUCACAGUGUUACUGAACUGUACAAGCAUUAUCAGCAAAUGAACAACAUUCGGUGACUUUGAACUUCUAACAACUUAAAAGUUUAGAGUUCACCACUUAUCAUUUAUGAGUCAUAUGGGAGGCUGCCAACACUUGUGAGCUUUGCGUAGCAGCCCAGUGCUCAAUGGGGGAAAACCAAAUACAAAAUGACAGUUGAAAGUUUCCAUUACAUGUCAUUUUAUUUGAUGUGUCAUAAAUUUCAGUUUAACAUCAGUCAUUCAAGAAAAAGGGUUUGUAUCCAGUGGUUCAGAUUUACAAGAUUCAGGCGCAGUAUCUGAUGUUUUCAAUAUUAAAAUAAUAAUAAUAAUAAUAUAAUAAGGAUUUAUUUUGCCUGAGAUCAGAUGAUGACUAACUCGUAAUGUAACAGUGAGAUUUUAUUUAUAAAGAGGAACGAAGGGAGGACAGAAGGAAGAAGAAAUAGACACGCAAAUGAUGUCUUCUUUUCUUUUUUUUAAAAAACUUUUUACUUUCUCUUCAGUGGAUUGUUUUAAUAAGUUGUUGAUGUUUUGUUCCAGAUGUAACAAAAUGAUUAUUGAGCUUCUCAAACACAUCUGUGCUCCCAUUGUUUUACGAAAUGAGCUAAAAGUUUUGCAGCUGUUGCAGCAUGGGUUUGGCAGGUUUGGUAAAAAAAAUGAAAGGGAUAAAAAGCUCCUGCCACUUUCCUCCUAAAAAGAAAAAAACAAACAAAAAAAAUAACACACUUAUUGGGGCAAAUAAAACGGCCGUAAGGACACGAUUUUAAUGGUCAAAGGUCAUGGUCAGGAUUUAGGUUUAUACAUGUAAAACAAUGCAGUCCACGGGUACGGAGUCUGAUGAAAUGUUUCCCUCCCCACCCUCCGAUACUCGCACAACAACUCAUCCCUGUUUUAUAGCUACUUAAGAAAACGUGUGUGCCUCAAUUCAAGUAUUCACUCACUAAAACAGUUUCAAUGCAAUUUUUAAAUCAAUGCAAUUCCUAAGGGAAACCUUAUAACAUAUAUUGUGUUAAGUGUCUUCUUUGUGUGUUAAUAAGAAUGUACUACAGUUGGUUGAACGGCUAUCAUUAGCGUGGUCAGGAUAUCUUCUCAUGCGCAGUGAUGUCAAGGCAAAACAAUGACUCAUCCACUGUAACACAUGAAACCAGUUCAGCUGCCAGUUUAGUUAAGCUGGUGUUAACCUUCCACUACAUCUCUGCACAUGAACUAAUUUUAUGAUAUUUCCUUUUCAGACAGAUUGUUGGUUCAAUAUCUUAGUAACCUCAGACCGUAGUGGCUUCUGUUUCUCUCUCUCGCUAGUGCCCCAUUUCCCAAACUGUUGAAUGCCAGAGCAGCCACUUGUUUUUUUUACGAUCACCCCUGUUACUCAGCCAAAAGGCACUUCUCUCAGUUUCAUAAAAGAUUUGUAAAGACAGUUGCUACAGCUGCAGCAAAGCACACAAACAACCUCUCUACCUCUCUACAUUCAUGACUUUUUUCUUUUUCCAGUUUCUAUAUGAAAAAGACCCAAAAUAAUGAACCUGCCUUGAGUUUCUCUUGUUUUUAACACAGUAUAGCUAUUUAACAGAGUUUUGCUUUCAGGUAACAAAAGAUAAAAAAACAAAAGCAUGAUCACAGACAAAUGAUAUAAAAAAUUUAAAUAAAGAUUAACGACUUGUCAAAGUCAUGAAGUACGACAAAAAAAUCACGCAUCAAAAACAUUUGUCACAUUCCCACGAAAAUAAAUGUAAGAUUUUGAAAUAAUCUUCCAAUUCAAUUACCCAUGUCCUCUCCUGCCUUCGUUGUUUACUUGACGAGUGUUUUUGUAAAUCAGUAUCAGGAACCAAGAGACUCCCUUAGUCUCUUUUAAUAUGGGCCUUUUAUAAUGUUGGUACAUGUAAGAUUACUCUUCAGUUAAAUGUAUCAGACCUGAUUCUCACUAAUAUCUGUUGUGGUUCACUUCAUGCCUCAGCCUGGCUGAAACACAUAAAGCCAGUGAAACCAAUCCUGUGCCUCAGUCUAUUCCGCUGUGCCGCAAAUAUUUAUUAUCAACAUCUAAGUGAUGGAGCCGGUGUCCUCUGGUUUUCAAUGGUUUGGACAAUGAGCCUUUCGCCAAAAAAAAAAAAAAAAAAAAAAGCAGCGAAGCUCGCAUCUCGUAGCAGAGUUACAAUUUCAUGUAAGGACUAAAGGUUAACGUUAAUAUUAGCACUGUCUUUUCUUACUUAUUUGAUUUUGGGAUACAUUUUAUUGUCUAUUUCUGUGUAACCUGGUACAACUACUGUUUUUACUCUUGGUUAACAGUGGUGAUGCGUGAACGUUUUCGAUGAAUUUUUUGGUAAUGUAGAUGAUUUUUUUUUCCUUCUUUUUUGGUAUUGUAGUUAAAUUGAAUGAUAUCCCAUGUUUACUGACUUUACACUCCAAAAGAUCCUUACUAUUGCUAUGUUUUCAGUUUGUUUUCAUUGUAAAAGCUAUUUAAAUGUACAUUGUGGACUUUGUGAAGAAGGCAUUUUACAGAUGGUGAUGUCAUGUUAUGUAAAAUAAAAAUACUUACUGACGCUA